ACGUUACAAUAGGGUGACUCAGUUGAAUAUAUCGGACAUGGGUCUUGUCGGAACCCUCCCACGAGAAAUCGGGAAUCUUUCUUUCCUUGUCUCUUUAAAUGCGAGUCACAACUCUUUUCAUGGCCUCAUUCCCCCAUCUAUCUUCAACAUGUCAUUUCUAGAAGUUUUGGCACUAAAGAAUAAUAGUUUGUCUAGUAGUUUACCUCUUGAUAUGUGCAUACACAAUCUGCAUAGACUCAAGUGGCUUCGUAUAUCUUUCAACGAGUUGUAUGGGGAAAUACCAUCGAGUUUGGGGCAGUGUUCACAGCUUGAGUUUCUGUCUUUGUACAACAACAAUUUCAGUGGAUUUGUGCCGACAGAAAUUGGGAACUUGACCAAGCUUCAAGAGUUGUACCUUGGUGAAAAUAAGUUGACUGGUCCAAUACCAUCUACUAUUGGAAACCUCUCUAAUUUGCAAGACUUACAUCUUAGUUCAAACAAAUUUAGUGGUCCAAUACCAUCCACCAUUGGGAAUCUAUCCAAUUUGUCGUCGCUAUGGCUCUCUUCCAACAAAUUAAAUGGUGAGCUUCCAUUCUCCAUCUGCAACUUGAUAUAACUUCUUUACAAACUUGAUCGGAUCUUUGGCCAUUUUUGUUUGAACUAGUCUUUUUAAUAUUUUACAUUUGUUAAGAUAAGAUUUGUCUAAUUCCUUUGCCAAUGCAUGCACAAUA